UCAAGGGGAAUCUUUAUACUAUUUUCACAUGUUUUUCUGGUUUCUGGUGACGAUUAUUUGCACUAUAUUUUAUGUUCUGACGCAAUGAUAAUCGGUAUGUGACGUCAACAAUUGAAACCGAACUGACAUCUCGGGUCUAUUUACACUGGUAGGUCAUAUCCAACGAUUUUAUGGAUUAUUUUGUAUAAUGCACAUUGUAGCUUGAACAAAUUAUAACAGAUUAGUAUUACAGUAUUACAGUAUUACAUGUAGCUAACUAAGACUGUAUUAUAUUUAGCUCACCAAAACCGAUCAACAAUUUUAAUGUGGGCUGGUCUACUCCACCUUGGUCUUUUUUAUUUAUUGUUUUUAUAAACAAAGGUCUAUCCAGUUUGGUAGGUUUUUAGCAGGUGUUAUGAGAGCAUAGGUAGGUGAGAUCAGAUUAAAUUUUUGUGUUCACUUGAACGGAGCUUUUUUUUUUCCGGCACCUUCAACAUGCAGGCCACAUUGCUUUUCUACCUUGUUUGGGGCCUGUUGGUUCUGAAUGUCCUGGGUCAGGAUGUUGAAGAGCCCAUCUAUACUGCAUAUGGUCCUGGAAAUGUUCUUAUCGGGAUAUUGCUGCCAUGUCACCGGAAAGUAAGCGCAAUUUAUGACCGGAUUAGACCUGACAGCUACCCCUGUUCAGAUUUUGAUGACACGUCGUUCCUUAACUCAUUGGCUAUCAUUCAUGAAAUCGAGGAGAUAAACGCAUCUAAGUUUCUCCCAAAUGUUAGCCUUGGCUAUUUGAUGUGUGACACAUGCUCGUAUGCAAGCAAAGCACUACAAAGCCUCGGGCACAUACUUGGAGUUGACGCAAGUAUAAACGUGACCAGCAACGACACAGAAUUCAGGCCCAGUGUCAAGAUAAUCCUGGGAGCACAAUACUCCGAGACAUCUGUUGCUGUGGCCAGACUGCUUAAUGUAUACAUGAUCCCUCUUCUAAGCAGCAUGUCAUCGUCACCGGAGCUGAGUGAUAAGGAGCGCUAUCCAGUUUUUCUGCGCACUAUUCCCAGUGAUAUUCAUCAGACUAAAGCAGUGGCCAAAGUUAUGAAACACUAUAACUGGACCUGGGUAGGAGUGGUUUACGGAGACGACGAAUAUGGCAAAGCGGCUUUUCAAAGCUUUCUCCGAGAGGCUGAGGACAAUUCCGUGUGCUUGGCCUACCAGGAGGUUUUGCCUCACUACCUUGAUCAUCCUCACAGCGCACAAAUCGUCAAAGCGGUUGCUGAGAAAAUCUAUUCCUCAAAUGCUCAAGUUGUACUCCUGAUCAUUAAGGAAGAUCUGGUGGAGCUCCUUUUUAAGGAAAUGAUCAGAACCAACACAACCAAAACUUGGUUUGCAAGCGAUGUCUGGUCCAGGAGUGUGUCUCUUCGCCAUAUGAAAGGAAUAAACAAGGUCGGAGAUAUCCUUGGCUUUUCGUUUAUCACCGGUGAAAGCAAAUCCUUUGAUACUUAUCUCGAGAAUCUUACAGUAACUCCGGGAGGAUACAACCACUACAUCGAGAAGUACAAGAGUCUGAUAUAUAACUGUACUCCUGAAUGUUUAUCGAGCAAACCCCCAUCCCAUUGCCACUCUUCAGAUCUAGCUCAAAUGAAUCACGACAAGUUGUGCAACUUCAACAGCUCUGAAGAACAAAGUGACUAUCUUUCGUCGCCUGUGGAUACGAGUCUAACUUUUCUUCACAGAGUUGCAGUGCGGAGCGUAGCACAUGCUCUGAAAAAGCUGCUGAAGUGCAACAGCUCCUCAUGCUCGGGGGACCUAAACUUUGCUCCGUGGGAGCUUCUUAAGGAAUUAAAAAAGGUCAAAUUUGGAUAUGACAAAAUGAACUUUUCUUUUGAUCAAUAUGGUGACGUUGAGUCUGGAUAUGAGCUGAUCAAAUGGGAAAAGCAUGGAGAGCGCAGAAGCCUCCAAAGAAUUGGGGAAUACAGCGUCCUCGAUGAACAAAUACAUCUCAGUGUGGAAAAUGUAUUUUGGUAUUCCUCUGGCAAUAUCACGGUACCUCAGUCCAGAUGCUCACCGAGCUGCAGACAUGGUUCUGUAAAGAAGAUCCUAAACGUAUCCUGUUGUUACAGCUGUAUUAAGUGUUUGGAGGGGACCUACUCCGAUGCCUUAGAUCUUGAUGAGUGCAAAACGUGCCCUAAUGACACUUGGUCCCUUAAGGGAUCGAACAGUUGCAGCCCAAGAUUAGAGUCUUACCUGAAAUGGAGCGAUACUCACCCCAUUGUAGUUAUUGCAUCUGCAGCCUUUGGGAUUUUACUUUUACUUUGCACCUUCAUAAUCUUUUGUGUUUACCGAAGUUCCCCGACAGUGCUUCAAGCUGGGUGGAAACUGUCCUGUGUGAUGAUGGCUGGCCUCGCAGUGAGCUUCACAAGUGUCUUGUUCUUCUGGGGCAAACCUAAUUUACACCUCUGCCGGUCCCGUCAAGUCAUAUAUGCUAUGGGCUUCACUUUGUGUGUUGCUUCUAUACUUGUCAAAGCCUAUCGGAUGUUUCUAGAAUUCCUUCCUUUUGGCCGGCUCAAAAGGAAUCUCUUCACACUAUACAAGCCGCCUGUCAUUGUUAGCACUGUGACAACCGGACAGGGCAUCAUUUGUCUUCUCUGGUUGAUCUUUGACUCUCCCGAUGUUGAUGAGAAGCCUCCUUCUGAACAAAGCAUGAUAAAGACACUACAGUGUACCGAAGGACAAACGUACAUAGGGUUUGGUAUUAUGUUAAGCUACAUCGCUUUGCUAGUACUUGUUUGCUUCAUAUUUGCUUUUAAAGGCAGGAGAGUUCCUCAACAAUUUAGUGAAACUGGACAAAUUAUCUUCAGCAUGCUGAUGUACUUGUUCGUUUGGGUGUGUUUCAUUCCGGUGUAUAUUACAAGGAAUGAAGAGGCUACACUCCUGCAAGCCUCUGCCAUUUUAGUGUCCUGUUAUGGUAUAAUUUUCUGCCAUUUUGUACCACAGUGCUGGGAAGCAAUUAGGAGGUCAAGGAGUGCCCCACAACCACCAAACGGGCUAAGAACAAGGAAUUCCAGUAGAAGAAGUAGGAGUUUUAGUUCGUCUUUUUGAGUGUGACUUGUGGUCUGUCCAGGAGAGUCGGUCGACUUUUGAAAGUGCAGCGUAUAAUUGAGCCAAACCGUUUUUGGUCAUCUAUGAUUUUAUUUCUUCCAACAAGCAUAAUCUUAGUGACACAGUGUCCUAAAAUUUGACAGGGGGGUGGGGUCAGGAGCAGAUAGAUAGAGCAUCCCUAUGAACUAAGAUAAAUGACAUGUGAAAGUCAUAAAUGCUAAAAUGCUUUAAGCCUACGCCAUCUAUGGAGAAAUGUGGGCAUUGCAGAGAAAAAGUAGAAGUUGAAUCAUAAUAGAAAUUAAUAACGUAUUUUGGCGGGCCGGAUUAAAAAGCCAAAUGGGCCACAUCCGGCUCCCGGUCCGUAGUUUGCUGUCUAAUCCAAAAAUAUUAUUAUUAUUAUUAUAUAAGGUUAUAUAAAAACAUAUCUGCCUUGUGUCCUAUGUAAAGUGAUUUCAAAUUUUCCUGAAUGUGUUUGUUCCGUGUAUCAUCAACAAAGCGAUGUUGAAUCUGUAAAUAUUCUCUAA